AUGUCGGACAAGGCCAACGUCGACGCCCAUCUCGAGCACGCUGAAGAAGUUCGGCAGCUCGUCUUCCCGCGUGUCACGAAUGUGUCGACUGCUGACAUGGCAGUCUGCGACGACGCUACGUGGAAUACGAACCCGGAGGCCUUGCUUGGACUCCGUGAGGCGGGCUUCCCGGUGGACCUCCUCCCGGACGUGGUGGAGCCGGGCGCAGUGGCCGGCCGCCUGGAGCACCCCUGGUACGGCAUCCCCGCGGGCACGCCCGUGCACGCCGCGCUCGGGGACAUGCAGUGCUCCGCGCUGUCUGUCGGCGCCGGAGACACCGACGCCGUGCUGAACAUGAGCACGUCGGCGCAACUGUCGUUCCUCCUGGAGCCGUCGUUCGUGCCACGGGCCAGCGUCGAGACGGGUAGCGCCCUGGAGGCCUUUCCUUACUUUGGCGGCCGGUACCUGGCUGUGGCCGCCUCCCUCAAUGGUGGCAACGUGCUAGCCAUAUUCGUUCGCAUGCUACAGCAAUGGAUGCACCAGCUAGGUACGGGAAUUCCUGAGAGCGCCAUCUGGGAGCGGCUUCUCGCGGCUGGAACCGACGAACGGAGCGCCGCCUCGACCAACGCCCAAUCGUCGUCGGCCGACGCAGCGACGACACCGCCCCCACCGGACCUGGUAGUGACACCGACGGUGUUUGGCGAGCGCCACAUGCCGGGCGCCCGCGGAUCUGUGUCCGGUAUCGGGCCGCAGUCGGCGCUCAGCCUGGGCGCGGUGCUGCGGGCCCUCUGUCAGGGUCUUGCGCGCAACCUGCAUACCAUGAUGCCCCGCGAAAUGCUGGAGCGCGCGGGCGUCCGCCGAAUCGUUGGCACGGGCAAAGCGUUGACACGCAACGCGUGCCUGAAGCAGGCCGUCCACGAAGUUUACGGCAUUCCUCUCGAGCUGGGCGGCAAGGGCGACGCGGCGCUGGGAGCUGCGCUGGCGGUGCUCGCCCACGUCGAGCGCGGCCGCGCCACUGGCUCCAGCACCAAGGCUUAGUCGGGGUCGCAAGAACGAGCGGGUGAUGAUGCGGAUGGCGUUCGUUUCUUACUGCCCAGGUAUAGCGUUGAAUGAAGAAUCCUCCUUCCCUCCCCCCCCCCCUUCCCGAAAAAAAAAAGCGCACCUAAGGCGCUCAGAACUGGUCACCACUGUGCCGCACGUCGUUCUUGCCUGUCGUAAUGUUCGUCAUUUCGCGGUGUACCUUCGAAAUUAGCGACUGUUGCGUGCUGCGUGGCAUCAGAGGACAGUGUCACAGCGUCACUUCCUUGCAGAGCUCAUCAUCCCAGUGAGGGCUUGUCUGUUCAUGGCGACAUCUAUAAUGCUUACCUAAAGGUUACAAGGAAGUUUCGUUGGUUGGUAACCUUGUUGCUGCGGAGUGGGUGACGCUGGCGCGGCUCAAAUGUGCGUUGCGCCUAAAAUGCUCCAAACGUCUGUGCACUGCAACAACACAAUGUUCCUGCUGCGAUCAAUAGUGCUCUUUAAACACAUGAAUUGGUGAUCUGGCUCAAGACCCGGCGCAUUGAUAUCAUUGUUAAAGCUUGGUUUCUGGUGUGCUUUAUGAGAACAUUCAUACCUUGUAUGUUAUCUAUCUGUUUCUGUGGAAGUAGUGUACAUGCAGGAUACCCUAAGCUGCAAUGGGAGAUAUUUUGCUAGUCAAUACAAUACCAUAUUCUUUUGUCACUGGACAGUGGAAGUGUUCCAGCAUGGCUGUCGAUUUCUCUUUACCUGUUCACGAGAACAUCGGACGUGUCCAUUGGCGGUGUGAAAAUAUCCGCCAUGUUAUAAAAUCAUGAUGCAAUGAUGCAAUAGCAUCACCUUUGUGAUUUGCCAGUUUGCCGACCGUGCACUUGAGGGCAGUGGUGAAUAACUGCAAUAUGAAUGCAUUGCCAAUAGGUUGCGGCUCAUCAGGGUGACAAGAAAAAUGAAGCGAGUGCUGGGAGCUACAAAAGAUGUUUUAGAAAUGUACAUUCAUACCGGCAUUGUGAACGUUCUUUGUGACUGUCAUGUUGCCCUUUCUUUGACUAGAGUGUAUGUGAAAUCCUAGCUGUUGGACUCAUAUUUUACCCCAACUUGGUUAUGUUGUUUUUAGAGGAAACAUCUACUCUUCAUAUUUUUUUCUUGACCAUUGCAGAGAAGCACACACUUACCACCAUCUAGCACAAGGUACAAUUUAAAUUAUAGGAACAAAGGUUCUGAGAUUCCGUGUUACCUCUAUGAUAUAAUGUUGCUUGGAGAAAGAUGGGACAAGAAAGAUGGGACAAGAAAGUUAGUGUGAGUCAAAAGUAGGAAUGAUAUGCUAAAAAUACAUGUAUAUUUAUUCUGCAGUGCCUGGCAUAUGCAAGAAACACAAAUACGAAGCAAAAUUGUUUCUGGGGUGCAUAGCACGUACACCAGUUACUAUAGAUUUGGUGCUCGAGCAUGAUGUAAAGUGCCUGCGUCAAGUAUCUGUUGUACAAGAAUAGUUUGACCAAGUUCAGAUACUAUAUUCAUUACCGAUUACACAAAACCCAAGUCAAAUGAACGAUAGGCACUUAUCUGCCUGUCAAGAAAUCUUUUUUGUACUAUUGCAGAUUGUUGUUUGGAAGUUUGAUUACGUUUUUCAAAGUGAUAAAGAUAAACACAUCUUGUAUGAUAUUGUGCCAGCGAUGUCUGAAGCACCGCUUAUUGUUGACUCUUGUGGCGCUCUGAGAGGGAAAACACUGCAACGCAUAAAGUACGUAAGAUGCACUUCAGAAACAGAAAGGGCACUGUGGUUUGCCACUUGCAACUCCUUUUUUUGUCUUCUGGUGAUACAAGCUGCAGAAUACACGAUAGAAGUAUAAGUGUGUGCCUGUUGGCUAGUAAUUUCGCUUGACAUGCCCACAACCAACAGCAGUUCACUAAGGCAUAGCGGUGUUUUACGCAGCGCAUGAAUGGCUUUGGGAAGUGUACGCGCUCUUUCUCCUCUGUACUUUUCCUUAAGCCAUUCAUGCACUGCGUAAACACCACUCGGAACUCUGAACAACUCGCCCAAGCUUCCACCCUUGUUCACUAAGGCAGAUUGGGCCCUACCUACAAGACGAAGGCCUGCACAUUUUAUCCACAAAUAAAGAAGGCGUUUUGUUGCGUGAGACCAUGUGUUUUGGAAUAAGACAAACAUUUUCUUAUUUGAUAUCUUUAUCCUUUCGACCCACCGCGUUAGUGCAGUGGUUAGGCGUUCUGCUGCUGAGCACGAGGUGGCAGGCUUGAUACCCGGCCAUGGCGACCGCAUUGUGAUAGGGGCGAAACGCAAAAAAAAAGCGCUCGUGUACUUAGAUUUGGGUGCACGAUGAAGAACUCCACGUGAUAAAAAUUAAUCCAGAUCCCCAGGGCUGCUUUGGGACGUUAAACCGCGUGAAUAAAUAUUUAUCGUAUUCGAUGCCGUAUUCUUUGCAAAGGUCAGGGCAAAUGCUUAAAAGCUCUGUGAUAAGCAGAAUGUGUGCGAGUUUAGUAAGAAACUAUAGAGAAGGGCAAGGCUAAUGUACUCGACGUGUUUUUUUUUUUUGCUGCCGAAACGUAUAAGUUCUACUGUCAGCUGCUGUCUGACCAUUUCAUAGCUCUGUGGUCUCUACCUUUAUUCGGGACGGCCAACAGAAACCGCGACUGUGGUGUACCGCACAGCUGGUGGUGCGAGUACAUAUUGCUAUCGUGGCUCGCCUCAAAACCCACGUAUGGGGUAAUAAGCGUUGACGAUGUGGAAUGCGCAGGAUGACAAUCACUGAUGUUGUUGACUCUGCAGUUGUGUAGGCACACGUGCUUGUCGUCGUUCUCUUUAAUAGUCUUUCAUGCUCUGUUUUAGGCUAAACAACGAACUGAAUAUCACCAUCUCCACUAGAACACUUGCAAGCUUUGAAUCGCAGCAGAUUCAUUUUCCGUCAUCCAAUUAAAUCUAUUUUCCUUACCAGGAAGGUUGUUUGUCAUAUAACAGGUCAGUUGAAGGGACUGACAUAUCGCUACCAUUCUGCUGAUCAAACUCGAUUCGAUUGUAUUCUUCACCUCGUGUCCCUGUGGCAGGCUGGAAUGAUGAUUUUGGCAAGCAAUUGCAAGUCUUCACUGUCGGCAACGUGCAGGUAGACUACUGUCCCAGAAGUUGCCAACACUGUUCUUGUACUGACGGCACUAUGUUGUUGCACGCUUGCUUGCCCAGCUUAUUAUUUUCCGCAGUGCAGGGGACUCUGAUAAGCAUUCCCAUCUGUGCAUAUGAUCAAUGCAUUCCUGUGUUGCUUAACACACUGUACUGCGGAAAGGGUAUGUAACUUUAAAAUCCUUGUUGAUAUUGUGCAGUACAUACAGGAAGGCGUACCUUAUCAUUACCAACAUUUUGUAUACCCUUAAUUUAAUGCACCGCUCUGUGUAUGUACAGAGGUCAGCAAACUUCUCUAGAAUGCACGAACCACGUUCUUGGGACUGUGCUGGCGACAUCUGGAGAUGACAUGUGGCACAAAAUCAGCUGUAUGUGAAGUUGCGUGACUACAGUUACAUUUACAGUUUGCAUUGAUUUCUCUCGACCAGGUGGUCGGCUUAAGCUUUGGUGGCAGCUUUGGCCCUCAUGAGUGUUUCUAGGCAAGUGUAUUGACCUUUGUACAACACUUCCACCAAUCCCCGCUUCUUCUGGACUUUAUUUGGACGAUAACUGUCUGCCUGUAUUGAGAAAAAAAAAGCUGAACAAAUCCGCUCGCUUGAUUCUUGGGAGAUGCCCUCUGUGAUUUUGCUUUGUCUCAAACUGGAUGUUGGACAAAUGACGAUGUUUGCAACAAUAGUAGCUCAGUAGGAAUUAUAAGAUAGCUCCUAAAUUUCUGUCAAAAGGUAACCGUGUGGCUGCACAGUGCUUGAUGGAUGUGCCAUUCAUAUCCAACAAAAGUGGAAGACAGUGUAAUAAAUUAGGUGAACCAUGUUAGAAUAAUUGAAGUGGUAUGUGUUGUCGCUACACCCGAGUUCUAUGUAAAUUGUCUUCUUGCAGGUGGGUGCAUGAACAGAGUUUGGGAUAAAGAAAGUGAGCUUACGACGCAUAAAAACUAGUAUUUGUUAGGAGUAAUAUGUUGGGAGUGGCAUAGUUUCUGUUUCACUUUUGUGACUUUGUAUUCUGCGUUGCGGUGUUUUUUUUAUGUUGUAUGAAAUAGUGCUCAAGUUUGGACCAUUACAGCUGCUUACAUGAGUCGUGAACACUGUGUAGCUUAUUUGUGAUGGUACACAAAAUGUUGUGCCACUUUCUUUGAGCUCACUGUGGGGAAGGUGUCAGUCGCAGGUUUUCCACGUUCUAAGUUGCUGACAGUUCUUUUCAUCUGCUCAGAGACAUCGUUCUUGUAGUUUUGAACUUUUUAAAAACGUUGUGCUUCAUUUACAAAUCAUUUUGAUGUAUUUUCCGGAUCGGACAUUAGGGUGCUUUAAUUCUAAAUUACUUGAAGUGGUCAGGACUUCACUUACAGGGAGGGACCUUGUAACACUUUUCGAAGUAGUCUGAUUUUACAUCUGAUGUCAUUUCAUCGCCCUUUAUUGUCUCAUGAAAACCGACUGCUUAGAAACAGAUGGAAAAAAUGUGUAUGUUAUCUCAUGCACUCAACAAUUAACCAAACGAAUAACACGAAUGUGAAAUGUCACCUUGGCUUAAUUUACGAAAACUUUCCACUUGUAACUUCGUGCAGUGAGUAGCAAGAAUUUGUACAGCCAACAUUAGGAGCAUGUAGCGUGCAUCGCUUACAUGCGGCAUGACAUAGUGGCAGAUUUCUUGUCGCCCAUUUCCGUAAGUGUUAUUAGGUUUGUAUCCGUUGUUGCACUAACUGUGCCUAGCAUGUGGAAAUGCGUUUCAGCAUAAGUGGCUGUGGCCAUUCUUGAAGAGCUGUAACAAACGCAAAUUAAACACUGACUAAUAAGAUGCAGUUUAUGUGUUCCACAUAAUGUCACCUGUCAGGACAACCAAAGCCAAGGUUGCAUCACACUUUCCUCAUGAAACCUCGAAUUCAUCGACAUGCGAUGGCUGUCACAGCAGUGCACGUGCUCCAAGGUGUGCACACUUUCUCUUCACCAAUUAACGUUGGUUGGUACUAUAAACACACUGUUUUGGCGAAUGGCAGGCUUGUGAAAGAAAUCAACAAAAUGGUACCAAGAGUAAAGGCAACAAUGCAACACUGCUAUGCUAGUGUAUAAUACAGCUGUUUCUGAAGCAUCUCCUUUAAGUACAUGCGAGAAUUUGGAACACCUAGAAAGAAGAUGCUACAGAAUUAAGGUGCUUUCAUGCUUUAAAAUAUUUUAUACAUGUACAGAGGUCAACAGACUUCUCUAGAAUACGCGAACCACGUUCUGAGGACUGCGCUAGUGAAUAUGAAGAUUAUGUGUCGCACAAAAUCGGUUGUAUGUGAGGUUGCUUGAUUACAUAUGCUGUUUUGAUUGAUUUAUCUCGACCUGUUGGUCGGAUUCAGCUUUGGUGGCUGCUUUGGCCCUCAGGAUUGUGUUCUAGACAAGUGUGUUGACUUCUGUACUCGUUGUUAACCAAAGGCUGCGGGUGAUCAGGGUGAUUUCAAAAGCGUCACUAUUGUGUGGUCUUGUUAUGAGCAUGAAGGUCAACUUCUGUUGGAGAACUCCUUAAACUAAUGCUAUGUAACUAUAUACACUCAUAAAUUUAGUUCCAAUAGAGCUCCAUUUAAACAAAAAAGCUAUAAUGUUAGGAUUACCUACCAUAACCACCUCAGUUUGGCGAGUGCACCUUCCACAGCUCGGUGCUUGGCAAGACAAAAAAAAAAAAACAGCAGGUUGCAUGUGGAGUAAUUUUGUUUAUACAUUCUUGUCUAGCUGACAGUUCUACUGACUUAACUGGUCCAACAAUGAUGUCAAUGUUCUGGUUUGCUCAUUCACCAAAUGACAAACGAGGUCGUGUUCACCCUUUUUGAGCACCGAUAGCAGUGGGGAGCACUUCAUUUUCUAGGACCUCGACAUUGUUUUCUUAGAGAAAAAUUGCAGGACAAAAAUUAUUCCGCAUAGCCUCACUCACCGUUUCCCCAUUGAUCGCAUGCACAUUUUAAGGCUUUGGUGCAGUGGCAGUUGCAGUGAUAAGUUUUCACUGUGCACUGUGUACUACAUUUGACAAAGUUGUGGUGUAGCUGUGGCUUGGCGAUUUUAUUCAGUAUUGCUGACUUUAUCAGCCCUCCAGUGGAAUACAAGAUUAUGUAAGCACUCUAUUUUUUGGUAGCUUCUAGAGCUAAGGGUUUGAAGAAGUCAGUAUUUAUUGAGCUGAUGACACCUUACUAAGGUGAAAGCUUAGCGGAGAAACUUCGGAAUGAUUUAUGCAUGAGUGCUGUGGUAUGGUACCUCUCAGGCAGACUUCUACCUCCUUAUGAAACUGCACAGACAACUUAUUGAGUUGCUCAUUUAUUGCAAAUUUAUUACUAUUGCUGGUAUACCAUGCUGAUAUAUUGCAUAUACAGACUCAUAAUUUCCCUAAACUGCUUACAGAAUAGAGGUGGAAUUCGUGUUAAUUGGAAUGAAUUUUGCUGGAAUAGUAUGGCAGGCAAAACAUGAUUAGUGGACUACACACCAAAAUGUUUUUGUAGGAUACACCAAUUAGUGUAACGUAAGUAGAAGUCUAGAUUUCUUUGACAGGAAAAUAAAGCUAAUUGUGGUAAUUUAGAAGCUUAGACACAGAAAUAAUAAAAUGUACAUUAAACUGUAUUUACACCACUGUAAUGUAGAUGAUGCAGUGUAAUGAAACUGCGGGUAGUGCAUGAACAUGCGAUAGUGAAACACUGCUCAGGAAUUAUGUACUCCUUUGUUUGGACGAAGUGUGCCAGUAGUGCAGCCCUCCAAUGCGGAGAAGAGGAUCAGUCACAUUUUCAGUCGAUAUUUAAGGUGGCUGAGCUUCAAAUUAAGGCGAGAAAUCGCUAUGACAGAAUAUUGUAGCAUGUAUUCAUAAAUAAUUGGCACAUUAAAUUUGCCGAGAAGCAUAUACAUGACUGUGUACAUAGUUAUUCUUUCACAUUCAUUUGAACGAAGCAGUGAUGUGUCUACAAAUGUUCUAUCUUUGUGGCUACUGCUGUUUGCCUGUUGGUAAUUUGUUACACACUCUGUAAAAUAGUCUCAAGUUUGUCUUCUUUUCCGCCACGAACAUGGACAGUUCCUUUACUUACGUGUGAUAUCUGUUCAUGUUGUUGUUCUUGUCAUUCCUUACUUUCACUCUGUUAAAUAAACUGAAAACAUUCA